UUUGCACCGGGAUCUAAAUGCUUUUCACCGGCAAAACACGCAGGCACGCAUACACGCUCCCUUCCUUUCUUUUUUGUUAUCCCGGAGGAAUAAACGCCAAGGACUCUCACUUCACCCACUCUGCCCUCCUUCUGGAUGUCGUUUUAAACAAGACGGAGGUGUGCACUGAGUGUCCAAGACAAGCCGGGAGUCCUCCUAGACAGCAGGAGGCAAACAUGCAGGAGCCAAUCUUGGAUGGCAAGACGGCAAAACAGGAGCAGAAUUCCAAGCUCCUGGAUGAACAGAAAGAGAACGAUGACACAUUGGAGAAAAUAUCCCCAAACGAGAACCUCAAGUCGCCACAGAAAGGCUCCAGAAGGCAAAAAACAACAUCGUUUAAAGUAGCACUGCUGGAUAUGUCAGAUUACAAAGGAGAAAUCGAGAAACACUCGAAAGGACAGGCGCUGGUAGACAUGAUGUGUGAGCACCUCAACUUGCUGGAGAAGGACUAUUUUGGCCUAACCUUUGCAGACACAGACACCCAAAAGAACUGGUUGGACCCCUCGAAGGAGAUCAAGAAACAGAUGCGCAACAGUCCGUGGCACUUUGCCUUUGCUGUCAAGUUCUACCCUCCAGACCCCUCCCAACUCACUGAGGAUAUUACCAGAUACUACCUGUGUCUGCAGCUGAGGGAUGACAUGCUGUCGGGUCGGCUGCCUUGCUCGUUUGUCACCCACGCCCUCCUGGGUUCCUAUAUGGUCCAAGCUGAGCUGGGCGACUACGAUCAUGACGAGCACGCCUUGGACUAUGUCGGCGACUUCCGUUUCGCUCCCAAUCAGACUCGUGAGCUGGAAGAAAGAGUGAUGGAGCUCCAUCGAAACUACAAGGGUAUGACUCCAGCGGAGGCUGAAAUUAACUUUUUGGAGAAUGCUAAGAAAUUGUCCAUGUAUGGCGUGGAUCUGCACCAUGCUAAGGAUUCCGAAGGGAUCGACAUAAUGUUGGGUGUCUGCGCCAACGGCCUGCUGGUGUACCGGGACAGGCUGAGGAUCAACCGCUUUGCUUGGCCAAAGAUCCUUAAGAUCUCCUAUAAGAGGAGCAACUUUUAUAUCAAGAUAAGACCUGGAGAGUAUGAGCAGUUUGAAAGCACGAUUGGUUUCAAGCUGCCAAACCACAGAGCUGCCAAACGGCUGUGGAAAGUCUGCAUUGAGCAUCACACCUUCUUCCGGUUGGUUUCUCCCGAGCCUCCUCCCAAGGGCUUCUUGGUGAUGGGCUCAAAGUUUCGAUACAGCGGAAGAACGCAAGCUCAGACCAGACAGGCCAGCGCGCUCAUCGACCGACCCGCUCCUCACUUUGAGCGUUCCACGAGCAAGAGGCACUUGCUCUCCAGAAGUUUAGACGGCGAGUUCUCCCGUCCGAUGUCAGCAAUGUGCGAGAAUCACGAUGGCCUCCUCCAUCAUAGCAUCAGCGAGCAGCGUCACCUUCGCAGUCCCUCCGUGGAUGAGCAGGAAACCGAAUUGGAGCCCAGUUGGGAACAAGACGAGGACGAUCUGGAGCAAGAGGAGGGCCAGGAGACGGAAAGAGACGACGACCAGGAUGGAAAUGUCUCGCCGAGCAAGAAGAAAGAAAUUGUGGAGCAGACUGGUUCAGCAGUUGACGGUAAACAGGAGUUUCUGGAUAAGUCGCACGAUGUGUUGCUGAAGCACCAGGCCAGCAUCAACGAGCUGAAACGAGCCCUGAAGGAACCCAACAGCAAACUAAUGAGCCGUGAGAAGCGUCUGUCGUCAUCAUCAUCGCCACCCGGCACACCAGAGAAAAAGGCCUCGGGGGGCCGUGUGGCAGGAAAAGAGCCCAUUAACAGCCAAUCUGUUGAGGGAUUCAUCCAGAAGAGUAUCACCACUUCACCUGAGGGCUCUGAGGAUUGGGUAUUGAUUGAACACCAAGAAAGUUAUCUUCAAGACCAUGACUGGAAAGUCAAAGAAACUAACAACUCUCCCACAUCUGAUUCCUCUUGGGACACAAGCAAGCAGGAAAAAGAGAUAAACGUUGCCAGGAUGAUGCAUAUCGACGUAACAGAGUCGGACAGAAAAGAAAUGAAAAGCCAUAUUGAGGAAUUUCCUUCAACGCAAUCAUCCAGAGAGGCAGCUGGAUGCUUUGAGCAGCGACCCAUUAACAAAGGUCGUUUUCACGUUCAAUUAUCGGCAAAUGCAGACUCGUGUCGAGACAAAUCCCUAAGUAAACAAUCUGACGCCUCAAGCGCUGACGCAAGGGACGGUUUGGCCCCGGGCUUCCGUCAGACGAAGGAACACGUGCAGAGAAAAAAUAAGCGACCCCAGAGCUUAAACCUGGCAAUGCCUCCGGAGCUCGUCCACGAGGAAGGAGCUAGUGAUUCUUCUGAAACUGAAAAUGAGGGCUUAGACUUGGGUACCGAUGAGGACAAAAAGUCUGAAAACGGAAGCCAUUGUGACAAAGAAGAACCGGAGGUCAUACCAGAGGAGAAAGAAAGCAAAGACGCUCCCACACAAGAUGCAGAACCAGUUAAAGGAAGCUCGAACCAGGAUGGACCGUCAGAAAUAAAUGGACCCGGAAAGAUAGACCAGGAAAGUUCUUUAGCAAGUGGAAAAGGAGAGUGCCCAAUGAAAAUAAGAGGAAAGGGCUUUAUUGACAAUAAAGAGCUAGCAGAGGUCAAACUGCGACAGGUCAGGACACACGAGAGGAAGAUAAGCAAUUCUGGAGGAGAGGAGAUUGAAAGUCUCAUGGGAGACAGACGUCAGAGGACGUCACUGCACCGAUUGUCAGGCAGCCAUCAGUCCGAAAUCACCCGCAUCGUUCCUCUCAAACCCGAGCGAUCAAAGAGCAUCGCAUGUAAGGACGACAGGGCGGAACAGGACGAGCAAACGCGUGUCCUGAGAAGAGAAUACCGCUGGUCGGUCGGCUCGCCGGAGGGAUCCUCCGAUCUCAAUUGGACGGAUGUCUCCAGCCUCCAUCCAGCUUUUGAAGCCAAUUUGGAGAAAAUCACCAAACAAGAGCAUCCCGGUGACAAUUAUCACCCGUGUCGAAGUUCCUCCGAAAGUCAAACGUUUGCGUCAAAGAACACACCUCUCCCCAAGAUGAUUCCUCCAGCCCCACCAGUAAAAAGCAAGAAGGCGCGGGAAUCGGGACUAAUACUGCGCAACAGCAGGAAUGUCGUCAGAGAGACGAGCCAGGAAGCAGUCAAGAAGAGACACUCGGAGCCCGUCUCUGCUCCUUUUGUUUACGACGAUCCAUUUAUUGACGCCAAGAAGGAGCUCAGUGACAAGAGGCCGCAGACCAUUGUAGUCCUGGAGGAGGAGCAGGAGCAGGACACUGUGGCCUGCAUGAGGGAGGUCCAUCUAGGCAUUGAGCGCAAGUGCUCCAGUAUGACGGUCAGCUCCACAUCCAGCCUCGAGGCUGAGGUCGACUUCACUGUCAUAACGGACCUCCACUCCUGCAUGGAGGACAGCGCUAAAGGCCUGUCCUCUUGGGGAGAGAAGGAGAGACAGCCCGAGGUGGGACGGGAGGACUUUGAGGAAACAUCACGGUUCUACUCAGCGCGUCUAAUGGGCCAAAUGGAUAAAUCUCCCAUAGAGGAGAAACUUCCUGAGGAGACAGUGUAUCAUGAGCCCCCUGUGGCAAGAAGAGAGCCCGGUGCUGUGACGAUGGCCCAGAAGCUAAAGAGGGCCUCCAAGACAGAGUCUCAUGCAAACGGAUCAGAAGUUCAAGGGACUAUCACAACUGUCUCAUCAGAGAGACUCUCCUUUACCCAAGAACCUUCUGUUAGCCUUAAAGAAAAUGGAUCACCGGAAAAAGCCAGCACUAAAGCUAAUGAGUCCAUUCUAUCGCCACUGAGCAUCACUGCGGAAAGUGUCACCACUGCAACCACGACACAAGUUACCAAGACGGUCAAAGGAGGCUACUCAGAGACCAGAAUUGAGAAAAGGAUUAUCAUCACAGGAGAUGACGACGUUGAUCAACAUCAGGCCCUCGCCAUGGCAAUACAAGAGGCCAAGCAGCAGCACCCCGACAUGCUCGUGACAAAAGCCGUCGUUAUAAGGGAAACGGAGUCUCCCACUGAGGAGCUACAGCAGAAGUUACAGUCUUGAUUGGUCAUAAUGGGCCCCCGAGGCGGUGGACAAGGGCGGUCUCGCCCGCCCCUGGUGCAGCAUGCUGUGAAGCAACCUGUUAAGAGGACCAUCUAGUCCUCCCUUGAGAACAGACUGUGAAGCAGUAGACCACCUCCCCGACCAUCAAACCCGCCCUCUGACCUCAUCCGGACCACCGUUCCCGUCACAGGCGCCCCAGCCCUAAUAAGUCCGGAAGGAUCACCCGCUCGACAGUGAUUUGCUUUGGCCCCAAUAAUUUGGGGGGACAGUUUUCUUGUUUAGUCGAUUGUAUUUAUGUUUGGCUGCACAAUCUCCUGCCGUAUUUCCAUUUCUUUUCAAAUCAUUUCCUUCCGCACCGCAGACCCUGUAUCACUGUCAUAGAGUACGCUCAGCAAAUGUAGACGCAUCAAAUAUUCUGGGCAAUAGAAGGGGCACAGUCCCGGUGGUGCAGGAUCCAUCAUGUGAGUUCUCGGCUGUCUUACAAUAUUUUUACAUUUGUAUCUGUAGAGAAUCAAUCUUAUGCCCUGUGUUGCUAGGUAAAUAAAUAUGUACAGUACAAAAUCAGAUCAUAAUAACCUGCAUGCAUGAUUCCAAUGCAUAAACAACAGAGGGAAUUACAAAAAAAAAAACAAGAUACGUACAAAUGUCCUUGUCUUAUACCAAAAUAAUUUGUUGCCCCCACACAUAGCAUCUCUUGGCUUCCCUUGGAAACUGUACUAUGCAUUGCUUACAUCUACGUGAAUCCUACAGAUAGAGUCGGAGCCGUGUCCGCUGUUUUGCUGACAGUGUGAAUCUUGUGCUACUGGUAAGCGAAGCAGUACACUGCUUGUGAGAUUUGCAAUAAGCAGCCAUUUUUUUUCUGUUUUCUAAAGGGAGAAAACUGUGAACUGUCAUGCAUACUGAAAGGUAUAAAAAGCUAUAGAACACAGUCAGUCAGUGAUAGUCCAAACACACUCGUCAUAGCUUUUGACUCUUCAUUUUCAAUGUCCACAUUCUUACAGCCGUCAACCACAUACAGUUCGUAUAUAUAAUUUCGUAUGUGUAGAAAGAAUAGAUAGUAUACGAAGCUGCACCUAGUAAAUGCGGCAGCUGAACUGUUGGCAAAAUGUCUUUUCUUUAGUAAUGGACAUACUACUGAUGGUCUUGAACAAGAGGCUACUCGCUGUUCUGAGAGAAACUCAUGUUACUUAUCUAUUUAUAAAUAUUCAUAUUUCUGUGUGUUAUCCUGUAAUGUCAUGCUUGAUAUAGACUUUAAUGCAGCAGGUUGUGGAGGGAUAAGAGAUUAUGUUUCAAUGAAAAGACAACAGAGCACUUGAAAUGUCUAUAGAAUGUCACAUUUAUGGGUGCCUUACGUUUGGAGUUGAACUCCCAAGAACCAGAGGCCCACUUUAUGUGUGCUGACGAUUGAGGCAAAUACAGAACUACUUAAAAGUGCAUCAUUGUGACAAUACAAAUCUUUCAAAAUUAUAGUCCUGAACAAAAGGAGGAACUGUAUAUGGUACAUUGAGGCGUCAUGGUGAAGUGGUUGUCUCCCAACCCAGAAGUUGUGGGGUUGAUUCCCAGCCCGUGCGACCGUAUUGAACCCCCAGCUGCUCCUGAUGAAAUUAACUUGGCUCAGCCUGAAGCAUCAAGCAAACAUCACCUUCAAUCCUCCAAUGCUUUUGUAUUACAUUCCUCUAGUGCAUGGUGGCAUCUAUGUGCUGUAUUUGCUUUCGGUCAAAAAUGAAAAAACAUACAUGCAUCAAUAAAUGUCUCAGUAUGGUUCAAAGUA